AUGCCUCGCUCACUGCAGCUCGUCGACGUCGAGGGCGCCAAGCCCGGCAAAGUCUACUACCCCCUCCAAAUCAAACAGGUCCCCAAGCCCACGCCCGGCCCCGACGAGGUCCUCGUGCGCAUGACCGCCGCCGCCCUCAACCACCGGGACCUCUUCAUCCGGCAGCACCUGUACCCCAACAUUGACACCGCCAAGCCGCUCCUCGCCGACGGCUGCGGCGUUGUCGUCGAGCUCGGUGCCGGCGUCGCCCCCUCUCUGCUGCACCAGUCCGUCAUCCUCACCCCGAGCCGGGGCUGGGACCGCGACCCGCAAGGGCCCGAGGACCCGUCGCGCUUCGUCAUCUGCGGCAGCCAGCAGGGCACCGACGCGGGGUGCGCGGCGGACUACGUGCUCGCGCCCGCCACCGAGGUUGAGCCGAUGCCGGCGCACCUCUCGCCCGUCGAGGCCGCGGCGCUGCCGCUCGUCGGGCUGACGGGGUGGCGGGCGCUGGUGACCAAGGCGGGCAUCGACGGGCCGGGCAAGAACGUGCUCAUCACGGGCAUCGGCGGCGGCGUGGCGCUGCAGGUGCUCCAGUUCGUGGUGGCGCUCGGCAGCAACGCGUACGUGACGUCGGGGGACCAGGCCAAGAUUGAGCGCGCCGUGGCCAUGGGCGCGCGCGGCGGCGUGCUGUACACGGCGCCGCGCUGGGGCAGCACCCUGAAGAAGACGCUGCUGCCGCGCGACAGGCCCUGGCUGGACGCCGUCGUCGACGGCGCGGGCGGGUCCGUGGUGCAGGAGACGGCGGCGGUGCUGCGGCACGGCGGCGUCAUUGCGCAGUACGGCAUGACCGUCGGCCCCAAGAUGGAGUGGCUGAUGAAGGCGGUGCUGGCGAACAUUGACCUGCGCGGGUCCACCAUGGGCUCGCGCCGCGAGUUUCGAGACAUGGUUGCGUUUGUCAACGAGCAUAGGAUUAAGCCCGUCGUCAGCCAGAGCAUCCGCGGACUGGGCAACCUGGAGCAGAUCAACGGGCUGUUUGACGUCAUGGCUGCAGGCCGCCAGUUUGGAAAGCUCGUGAUUGAGAUUGACGACGAGGCUGAGGCUGCCAAGUUGUAA